AUGGGGCUGGGAUUGGAUGAUCUGUUAUACAACACCACUGCUCGGCUAUCGAUUUCCCAAGGAGACAUUGAAGGCGAAAAGGCAAAACUUAAAAUACACGAAUUGAUAACUGGCGAUGAGGCGUACCUCAAAGAAAGAAGAGACUCGGCGAUAUCGUUGAAUUCAGUUGCAGUGGAGGGGCAAGAAGAAGAAGAAGAAGAAGAAGAAGAAGAAGAGGAAGAGGAAGAACAAAUUGAGAAAUUUGAUGCUCUAGCUGGCAAUGUAACUGAUAUUUCAAGUCCCAAGAAGGAGACUGCUCAUCAAAAAAGACGGAGAUCAUCAAAUCGAUUUAACGGAACAAGUGCAAUACAGCCUCCGCAAAAGAAGGAGAAACGAAAGUCCAAGAAGGAUCUGGCGAAACCUAGCUUAUCAAUGUUUCUAGAAGAUAAUGACAAAGAAAAGAGAUUUCCCUUUAGGAAUUUGAGAGAAUUGAUACUACAGAUUUUUAACGUACCAACAGGUUCCAGGAUAAAAUGGUGUAAGGUUAAAUAUCCCGGAAAGAUACAGAAUGUAUGCGUUUGUCUCGCUCCUGGAUUUGCUUUUGAGAAAGAAGAUAAUAGUACAAGUUCAUCGUUGUUAGAGUUGCCAGUCUCGCACUUGACUUCAGCUGAAGAGAUGCCAUUCAUUUUUAAAAAUUUUCCCACUUGCAUAAGAGCAAGUUUACCGGGAAAUAAGGAUUCGGUGUAUAGUCCGAUAGACACGAUAACUAAAAUACAAUUAUCAAAAAAGGAAAAAAAAUCAAUACUUUUCGAACUGAAAAAGAAGAAAAUAACGAUUGAGGAUCUUUUGCUUACUGAGGAGCAGCUACACAAAUAUGACUACCCCAUUACUUUGAUAGAUGAAAGAUGGCAACAAACACGGCCUCACCAAAGAAAGUCCAAAAUAUUUGCAUUAGACUGUGAGUUUUGUAAAGCAGAUGAUUUAAAAGUGUUGACUCGUAUAUCGUUGAUUGAUUUUGAAGGUAAGAUUAUUUUUGAUGAAUUGGUAAGACCUGUUGAGACUAUUACUGAUUAUGUUACUCGCUACUCUGGCAUUACUGAGGAAUCAUUGCAAGAUAUCACAACUACAAUAUGGGACAUUCAAGAAUUGUUCAUGAAAGAAGUUUCUAGUGAGGACAUUUUAGUGGGACAUUCUUUAGAAUCUGACUUGCAAGUUAUGAAAAUUGUACACGAUAGAAUUGUUGACACGGCAGUCAUAUACGAGCACAAUCGCGGUCCUCCUUCGAAACCAUCAUUGAAAUGGUUAGCCAAGACCUAUCUUGGGAGGGAAAUUCAGAGUGGGGAGGAACAUGGAAAGGGGCAUUCUCCAGUUGAGGAUGCUACAGCUUGUUUGGAUUUGGUAAAGAUGAAAAUCCUUGAAGGCAGAUUGUUUGGAACCAAUGUAAAGGAUAUUUCAAUAUUUGAGCGUCUUGGUAAUUCAUCAAACGAAGCAAAAAAACAACAGUACCUCUUGAUAAACUAUGGUAAAGAGCAAAGCGUCACUGAGGAUCCUGUAGUUACCAAAACAGUAACCAAUGAUGACGAAAUAGUAGAGAUUAUCCAAGAGCAAGCGUCCAAUCCCCCCAAUUUUAUUAUUACAGAAUUGAGGGAUUUGCAGUAUAAUUUGAAUUGGAGGCUGCCGUGUGAUUUUUAUGACGGGAAGCUAGAUCAUAAUAUUUCCGACGCUCGCAGAAGAACUAACUUGAGGCUAGAAAUGAUUUAUGAUACGCUUCCUCCAAAUUCCUUGUUUGUUUUAUGUUGUCAAACUGGCAGUCCCAAUGAAAUGUACAAGCUCCAGCACAUUCGACGUAAUUUCCAAAAGCUAGAAAAAGACGGAGUUUUAGAUUUAAGUCGAUUGCCCAAAGAAGAAUCAUGGGAUUUUGAAAAAUCAGAGAAAUUGUUGAUAGAAACCCAAACUGCUAGAGAAGGUUUGAUUUUUAUAAAGUUAAAAGAUGAAUAG